CAGCCGCCUGGUUUAGACCGGUCCAAGAUGGUAGUGACGUUUCUCGCGCUGGAGCAGCCUGCUCUUUAUUAUGUCUGUGGGGUUGAUGGUUCAUCAAAAUGGCUGCUGCGCCUGUGUGCGAAGCUUCUUCAGAAAAAGAAGCUAUCGCCGAAGGACUGCUCGACCUCCUGAGACCAACAAUCCAGCAGCUGGAUUUGCACGUUCACUCUGUCAGAGAAAGCCAGGUAGAAUUGAGGGAACACGUUGACAAUCUGGCCACAGAGUUAUGCAGGAUAAAUGAACAUCAGAAGGUGGCCUUAGACCUGGACCCUUAUGUAAAGAAGCUGCUGAAUGCAAGACGCAGAGUGGUGCUUGUAAACAACAUACUUCAGAAUGCUCAGGAACGUCUGAGGCGUCUCAACCACAAUGUGGCCAAAGAGACAGCAAGACGAAAGACAAUGCUGGAGGCAUCAGGAGUGUUCACCUCUCGUUCCCCCAGUAAAACCUGAGGCUCCUUCACUUGUUCUACACCGCAAAUACUGCAAGCUUUUCUGGCCAGAAGGGAUAUGUCAAGACAGGAAAUUGCAACACCAAGGCACCAGUCUUCAUUUGAUGUCUGAUGACUUGCUGAUGUUCUGCACUGCUUUUGUCAUCAUAAAACUUCAGGUUGCUCUCAGCAUUCAUCAGCUUUGUGUAGCAUUAUGUCUUGUCAUGUUGGAAAAAAGGACUCAUUUCUUAUGGUGUUACUGGAUUACACAUUCUGUAUAACAAGUACAUGUUGGUAGUAUUUGUCUUCUAAUGUACAUGAAAUCCAUUGAUUUUACCGUAUACCUUUACUCAUUAGCAAAAUUUUUAGAAAGGUUUACCUUCAUCCAUCUUCAUGCUUUAUGCUGUCUGGUCUGGGAGAACAUAUGUGGUCUAAAAAAGUCUCUUAACUGAUUUUAGAACAUUAGCAUUCACCUGCUUCCUAUUAUCCCAACCAAGAAAAAUUAAAGACGUCAAUCCCAUGCACAAA